AUGCGUCAGUUAUUCCUAUUAACUACGUUGCUGCAGACGGUGAUCACCUUCACCGUUGUGCCAUAUAUCCAGAUUGAUUAUGCUCACUACUUCCAUUUGGCACAAUGUCAGGCAAAAUGCGCUCAGAAGUACGGCACUCCUGCCACUCGUCAUCUUCUUGAUGGGUCAAUUGAGGAGUAUCUUGAUGUUCAUAACGCUGACAGUGAAGCGUGUGAAUCUGGUUGCCAUCAGCACCGUCGUAUUCACGGCAAAGGUCAGAAGGGACCAUCGAAAACUGCAAUUAAUGACGGCCUUAAAUUUUGGGCCGAAAGCAGUGCCGAUAGCGCGAAAGCCGGUUCGACCCUGAUCUCUUCUGUACAGCUAUUGUGUCAGAAUCCUUCAAUUGAUGAGGAAUUUGGGGAGUCUUCUGAGGGUUUCGUCAGCGUUUCGCUCCUCAGACCCGGUGGACCAACAAGGUAUGUUGUCCAGUGGAAGCAGCGUACCCAUGCCAUGGGUUACUAUGACGAAAGUCAAUGGAUUACUGCAUCGGUGGAAUCCAGUACCCUUUUCCAAGUCAAAGGACUGAUUCCUGGCGUACAGUACCGUUUUAUGGUCACGGCAGUUGGACCAGCUGGUCGACUCGGUGAAACGAUUACCAGCCCAUGGACAGAGAUUUUGGCUGACUCCGAGAUAAGACCACCACUUGCUCCUCUCGUCAUAAAGAAUGGCUACAACUCAGAUCGCGGAGUAAACGUCCAUCUUGAAUGGCCACGUACUCCACAGGAUUCGUGUUACUACAAGCUUCAACUCAGUAAUACCUCAACUCAGCUCACUCGCGACAUCACAUUGGAUUCAUCGUCCUCUAUUCUUCUGCCCCAUCUCGAAUUUGCGACCGAUUAUGCGGUCACAGUAGCUGCGGUCAGCGUUGAUAAGCUUCAAAUGAGCAAGCCUGUCACGGCCAACUUCAGGUCGCUCCAAUGUAGAGACGUUCAUGGCCGUGGAAGUCUUCUGUGUCCUCCUGAGCCGGUAUCCGAUCUGACUGUCGUUCUUCGACCAAACGGAACUGGUCUCGUCUCGUGGACUCCUUCGGCCGAUCCGCAGAACAUUCUCUUCUACCAGAUUGUUUAUCAUGCUGUUUCAAAUGCAUACGACUGUCAAACCCAACCGGAGACAAUCAACGUCAGAGCGACGACAACCUCUGCCGAAGUGGAGUUCCCUGGUCAUCAAUGCGAAUACAUGGUCCGCCUAAUCAACUACGAUCUUAUCGGACGAGAUGCCUCGGCUGAUGUACGAGUUCUCAUCGAACCAGUGCUUCCAGCUCACUUUGACAUAGUAUUUCGUCCCGAAUGUCUCCUUGUUGGGGCGUGUAUCGUGCUUCUUCCAUUCAUUUGUAUUCUUCUACGUUGCCGAUGUCGUCGAAAGUGUCCUCAGAGGGUCUCCGAAAAACAGCAGAAACUCACCCAGUAUGCUUAA